UGGACAUCUGGACUGAGUAGGGGGGAGAUGAUGGGUGCUUCGUGGUGAUACGCUAUUUUUAAUCCUCGAAUUAAUUUUUUAAAAAAGGAGUCCCCCCUCUGUUUCUGUUGGUGCAGUCCAAUCUAACCGAAUGCUGCGGCUCAUAAGGUCUUUUAAAGGGCCAGCACCAAACUUCCUUUUUUUUUUGCAACCUGAGAAGAGCCCCUGGCGGUUGUAGGGAGCGGUGCAUUUGAGGGGUAGGAGAGCCCGACCUCCUGGGUUGCAAGAGCGAGGCCCACGCGGCAAGAGUCGGUCUUCCGGGAAGGCUGUGCUUGCAAGGGGUCCACUGCACGCCCUCCAGCUUGCAUUCUUGCUCCGGGGACGCGGGACCUCCGCGCAGCCGCCAAGAUGCCUCAAGAGAAUAUCUUCCUCUUCGUCCCCAACCUCAUUGGUUACGCCCGGAUUAUCUUUGCGUUCAUCGCUUUCUAUUUUAUGCCAACGUCCCACUUGACGGCGUCUUUCUUCUACCUGCUUAGUGGUUUCCUUGACGCCUUUGAUGGCCACGCAGCCCGGGUCCUUAAUCAAGGCACCCGCUUUGGCGCCAUGCUGGACAUGUUGACUGACCGCUGUGCCACCAUGUGUCUGUUGGUGAACCUGGCCAUGCUGUACCCUGAAUCUGCCCUCUGGUUUCAACUCAGCAUGAGCCUCGAUGUGGCCUCCCAUUGGCUCCACCUCCACAGCACGGUGGUGAAAGGUGGCGAGAGCCACAAGAGCAUUGAUUUAUCAGGGAACCCUGUCCUCCGGUUAUAUUACAGCUCCCGGGCCGUCCUCUUCACGAUGUGUGCUGGCAACGAGCUUUUUUACUGUAUGCUGUAUUUGCUGUGCUUUGGGGAAGGACCUGAGAUCCUGCCAGGAUCCGUGGGUCUCUAUCGGCUGGUCCUUUGGGUUUCCACCCCUGUCGCUAUCACCAAGAGCCUGAUCAGCCUCGUCCACUUGAUCUGUGCCUCGUGCAAUAUGGCGGCUCUGGACACCGCCGAACGCUCCAAGAGGAAGUAAUCCUUUGAAGGCGAUGGCGCAGGGGAAGAACGUCACGUCUCUUCCUCGGGCUUCCACUGGGACCUGCGGCCGGUUCCCCCCCCCUCCCCCCACGACAAGAUGGGGUUUGACUCAGAUCAGCCACUCCUGACGCAACGCCACGGCCCUAAAGAAAAACCUUCAUGCCCCUCCCUCCUCACAAUAAUGCUUUAUGGUUGUGUGAGUGUGAUGGGGCAGAUCCCGUCCUUUCUGGCUACUUCUUUCCUUUCCACAACGCUUUAUCCUCUCUAGAUAAUCAGCCUGUGGGAAGCUGUGGGCUUCUGGGGAGGGAUUCGGUCCACCGUUUCGUGAGCCCCUAAAUCGAUGGCUAUCCUGGGCCUUGUGGGUUUUGUUCUUUGCAGGCCACCGACGGGUCACCAUUGGUGGAACAGGUUUCCCUUGUGAGAGCAGCCCUGUUCAUUCCGAGCCUAGGUGUCUGUUUUCCAGAAAUACGUGAAAGUAUAAGUAGGAAGGGCAUGUCUUCCCAAGAACUUCCCCUAAAGUACCUGGGCCCUCGGCAAGGAGUAGACCAUUUACUUUUGAGUAUCCUAAUGAGAGCAUGAAAUUGGAUCUCCUACAUCUUUAUGAUCUGGCCUUGUAGCUUGUAGCUCAGAAUGUUCGCCACCACUGUCCUAUGGCAUGCUAUCCUGUGCUUAUAUCUGGUGGUUCUGUUUAACCACUGGGCAUCCAUUUUUUAGGACGUGGGGGCUCUCUCACAAUACUUUCCACAACGCUUAAACGCUUCCGCAACAGUGCUUGACAAACAGGGGCCAAGUGGGAGCAGCUACUUGGGAUUCUGUUCCCAAUCCACAUUUUUGUCCCACAAUGCUUUGCUUCCAGAGUGUCCAUUGUGUUACCUUGUCUGCCACCCUUGGCUAUGUUGAGGGAUUCUCUGAGGGAGUUGAAGUCGCAGUGCUAAGUUUUAUUGUUAGUGGAUUCACAGCCCUUCCCGUAAGUUCUUGCACAAUUUCAGGUUGGCUGUGGUUGAUUUCCUCCCCUGCCCCUCAUAAUCACACGUUUACAUUUUCUAAGGAGUGCGCUGUGUCUGUGCCGUGAGGUAAAUGUUGACUACUGUUGGCAGCCAUCUUAUUUAUUGUUAUUUCCCCUUUUAUUCAAGUGAAGCUUUGCCUGCCGGGAAACGUCUUGGGACCAGAUGCGAUUCACCUUUCUGUUUGUUUUCUGUAAGACUCUGAGUUGGGUUGUCAAGUGAAGAUAGACACCCCCUUGGAACUUUUAGGGGUGUCGUGUUAACUGACCCUGCAGUGUCACUUCUGGUUGUAUGACUAGUAGUGAUGUCACAUGUCACACGUGAUGUCACAUCCUAUUCUUUGACAGUUUUGCCCCCACAACUUCUCUUGCUGCUGCACUGGGCAGGGGGCUAUAGCAAGAGACCUGGUGCCCCUACUGGGUCCACAGUAGCUCCUAGAGAUGGGAGCCACUCCUUUACUCUUUCCCUAUCUUUUAGGCAGUAGUCUAAGUUGCCAUAUUGCUUUCCAGGCCUAUUUCCCUGUCUGAACUUGGUUUUACCAGUGAUGGCUAGGUUUACAGUGACAUGGCAGCCAUCUUGAAUCGACCCACGGCUUUUGAAUUCCCUCUUCACCCUGCAGAUGUCAGUUCUAUAUUGGCCAUAGUAGUAUUUGUCAAAUAGUUGGAAAGAAGAAUGGAGAGCGGGAGUAGAAUUUGGCAACCAUAUUGGAAGAGGCAGGUUUACAGGUGUUUGAGACUUGGCAGCUGUACUGAAGGAAUCAUCUAUAUAUAGAGAGAGAGAGCCAAAUAAACUAUAUUGCCACAUAUUCACCUCACCUUAUUGAGUGGGUUGGGAGCAAACCCAUAUAGCUGGGUUAUUUAUUCUUCCUUGCUUCCUUUGAAUGUCCCACGCUGUCUCCUUCAGGAAGGGGGGGGUCAGUGUUACCUUCACAAUACCACUGCCACACCCUCACAACCCCCAAUUGAAUGUAAUUUGUAUGUGUUUUUAUAUUUGAAGAAGACUUGCUGCGAUAAGAGUCUUCUCUCUUUUAUUGCUAAAAAUUAAAAAAAACAUUGUGUGCUUA